UUUCUCUCUUAUUAUUUUUAUUUUGCUUAUCUUUGAUUCAUGAUUCAUCUCGCUUUCGUCAAACCAUCAUUUUGCACUCCAACGUCACUCCACAGUUUCUCCUCACACAAUCCCAACCGGUUCCACAUUUUCCCGAGAAACUACUCAUUAUUUUCCGAUUCAAGAACGAGAAGCUUCAGGAAUUCAUACAUGGCGCCUCCGAUUCUUUCCCUUGCUCUUCCUUCCGAAACCGGUCGAGUACUUAGCAUUCAAUCUCAUACUGUUCAGGGUUAUGUUGGUAAUAAAUCAGCUGUUUUUCCUCUACAACUUUUGGGAUAUGAUGUGGAUCCAAUUAAUUCUGUGCAGUUUUCAAACCACACAGGGUAUCCGUCUUUCAAGGGCCAGGUUUUAAAUGGACAGCAACUCUGGGAUCUAAUUGAAGGCCUUGAAGCUAAUGAUUUAUUGUACUACACUCACUUAUUGACAGGUUAUAUUGGUUCAGUUUCUUUUCUCAACACUGUAUUGGAUGUUGUCUCCAAGCUUCGCUCAAUAAACCCCAAGCUUACAUAUGUAUGUGAUCCAGUGUUGGGUGACGAAGGAAAGCUUUAUGUUCCACAAGAACUGGUGACGGUGUACCGUGAGAGGGUUGUUCCAAUGGCUUCAAUGUUGACUCCAAACCAGUUUGAAGCAGAAUUAUUGACAGGACUCAGAAUUCAGUCUGAAGAAGAUGGUCGAGAAGCUUGUAACUUACUUCAUGCAGUUGGACCUUCCAAGGUUGUAAUUACAAGUAUAAAUGUAGAUGGGAAUCUUCUCCUCAUUGGCAGCCAUCAAAAGGAAAAGGGACAUACUCCCAAACAAUUUAAGAUUGUGAUUCCCAAAAUACAAGCUUAUUUUACGGGAACUGGAGAUCUCACGACUGCACUUCUUCUUGGUUGGAGCAAUAAACACCCGGAUAACCUUGAGAAGGCUGCAGAACUUGCAGUAUCAAGCUUACAGGCACUUUUGCAAAGGACACUUAAUGAUUACAAAAGUGCUGGACAUGAUCCCAAAUCAUCCAGUUUGGAGAUCAGAUUAAUUCAGAGCCAGGAUGAGAUCCGCAGUCCACAAAUCAAAUUCAAAGCUGAAAUAUACAACUAAAUGGUGAAUGGUGAUAUGAUUUGAAGCUGAAUGUCUGUUUCUUGAUCAAUUAUAGAAAUUGGAGCUACAAUGUUCAAUUAUAGCAGUACAGGCCUAUUAAAAGCCAAAAGUUAAUUUUUUUUAUAAGCAUGACAUAUAAGUAAAAUGUGUUCAGUCGGAAAUAAAAUAAACAAUAUCGGCUCUAAAUUUAAUUUAGUUGCAUUCUACUCAUUACUGGAAUAUCAGGCAUAAAUUGUGCAUAUAUAUAUAUUUUUAAUAUUAAAGCACUUUGUGAUA